ACUCUAAUAAUGCGGUGAGAAUAAUAUUGGGAGUGUUUCUACUUUUUGGGUCUUGGUUUUCUAGUUUGAGAGUAAUGGUUCAAAAUUGGUUGGCUGCCUGGCCAAUGGCUAGCGAGUAAAUCAGAGGAGGAGGGACCAAAAACAAAACUAAAGCCUAAUUUCCAAAUUCAUAAAUUUUUCUCAUCCUUGAGAGAAAUUAAAGCACAGGGUGGACUUCAAUACAGUGGUGAUGUAUCAGACUUGACAUCACUCAAUUUUAGAUUCUUUUCAAUUCCCAUACAAUCCAUCUCCCUGUCUUUGUUCUUUCUCUCUUGUUUAAUGUGAAAAAAGCCGAAUAAUCUGAAAGAACUCUAGUUCAUUUGUGGAGAAUCUAGAACAAACCCAGUUCAGUUCUUGUGAAUCCGAGGCAAGUGUUGUUCCAGUUUCGAAUAAACUGAAAUAGGCCCUGUUCAUUUUGCUGGUUUUUGUCUAUUUUUAUUUUUGCCCUCUAUUUUUAUUUUUGCCCUCUAUUUUUAUGAGCGUAUUAAACAACUGAGUCAUUCUGAUUCCAGGUCUUAAUCUGUUUCAUUUGCUCUUAAUAUGUUUUCUUUUUAGAAAGUGAGAUUCUUUAGGUUAUUGGAUCCUUUUGCUUUUUAUUAGAUAUAAUUAGAUAAUUAUUUCAUUUUUCAUAAUUCAGUUCAGUAUUGCUUGAUAAAGCUGUAAACAAUCAUUUAGAAUUGGUCAGAUGUCUGAGUUCUGCGGUUCGAGCUUGCUUCUAGCUCUGCCUGAUGAUGUGUUUGCCAUUGUAUCUCGGGCACUCUCGCCGAGGGACAUAUGCAAUCUCAGCCUUUGUUGUCGGAGUUUAUGUGUCCUUGUUGCCUCGGAAAAAGUUUGGCUAACCCAAUGUGACAUGGUAGGCAUCGUUCCUCAUCGGGACCUCAUUGAGUGGCGAAAGGGUGUCUCAUCAUACAAGGCGCUUUGUCGCUUCCUUGUUAGCGUUAAACCAUUGAUGGGAAUUUGGGUUCAUCAAAACCCUGAGCUGGGUAAUGUUGUAUAUGUAUUGCCUGGUUUUGUAUCUGUUGUUGGAUGUCGAAUAAUACCACAAGAGCUUGGCCCUUUAGGAAUUGAGGAUGGCCCUAUACUAUGGGCGCCUGUAUUUGAAAUUUUAGGAGAUCAUGAUGGUUCUGUUUUAUUUCUUUUACAUGGGAGAGAAAAAGGAAAUGACUAUAUUUAUCCUGGUUCAGUCAAGGGUGUUGAGGAAAACUGCAAUAUACUGUUGCUUGAGGUUGAAGCUGGGCAACAAAAGAGUGGCAAAUUAUUAUUGCAUAGUAAAAGCUUGGCUUAUAAUUCAGAUAAGGAGCAAUCAAGAAAGAUUUCCAGGUCAAAUAUUGGAUUGUCAAGGUCGCAGAGUAUGCUUGGACAGUGUGAUUCUAAGGUGCCUUUUAGCCGCUUGGCUUUUAGUGACAGAAGAAAGUUGAUUGAGGUUGUAACAGGUCAUAUUCAUCAAAGUGUACCUGAUUCAGCAAAUGGGCCGCUAUUUCCUGGGUUUUGUGAUGAUAACAACUCCCAAAAAGACAUCUCGCUCUUAUUUGAAAGGAGAACCCUCCUUCUGCAAAUGUAUAAUCUUGGGCAAAGUCACUUUGACUGGAAGGAAGCUCCUGAAUUGCCUUCUGAUUCUACUAAACUGCAAUUGAGCGAGACUAAAAGGAGCCUUGAUCACUCAAGUGGAUAUUAUAGUUCUCUGAAUGGGGAUAGUGAAGCAAAAGUCAUCAUGAAGAAGACUCUUAGUGGGUAUUUUAGGUCUAGCCUUAAACAAAUCUUGGGGAAGUCUCCCUCUAUAAAUGGCAGCCGCAUAAUUUCGAAGAAUAGUUCAAGCAGUGAGAAUAAGCAUGCACAACUUCGUGAAUUUUUGAGAUCAAGUGAUACAAUAGGACUGACGCUACAUGCCUCCACUACUAGGUUAUCUUCUUAUCGAGCAUGGCCAAAUAUGCAUGAUAGUCGAUUUGCUCUAUACAAGUUACCCUUACGGGUUCCAAGAGCCGACCAAGAGUUUGCUGGUUUAUGGGGCGGGACUUUUGGUUGGCCUCCUGGGAAGCCUACAGAGGAUAAGCCUGGAAAGGCUCUCUUCUUUCUCUUGAUAUCUUAUGAGGAAUCUGGGGGGCAAAGGCAACUAAUUGCUACCAAAAUAUUGGAAGGCACACAUUAUGUUCUGCAUCCAAAUGGCUCAGCAAUGUUUAUAGUGAAUAUUGAUGAGCCUUCACAGGAUCCAUUUCCGUGGGAUGUAGAUGCAAAUUCCAAUCCUGUGAGUGUAACACAGGCAUUUAUAGGUGAGGGUAUUGCAAAUGGAUAUGGUUUCAGAUAUCCCGGCUCAAAGCCUGGUUCCCUCUUCAUAAUUCAAAAUGGUCUUCUUGCCUUCAUUUGGAAGGAAUCUAGAGCUGUCUUGACCUUGCAGAAACUGAACUUGCAAGAGCUUUUGAAGAAAGGUGAACGGGUGCCUGCUCUACCUCCAAUUGCCAACUUUUCAUACUUGACCAAGUCCUACUCAAAUGUUUUUGCCAGCUUCUCAAAUGUUUCGACUUGUUUGUCUUCGCCAAGGCAAAAACAUUAAUAAGACAAUCUUUGAGUAUUCGAACCAAAAGGACAGAGAUCGAAGGGUUGUCCAACAUUCAUCUAGUUCCUCGUGUAAGUUUCAGUUGGUCUUGGACUUAAAUUAUCCCUGCUGCACUCUUUGAUUAUCAUGUGCUCUUCAGUGCUGCCCUGCGAGUACUUUGAUGAUCAAGUGGUCUUCAAUGCAGCUCAUUUCUAUAAUACUAAUUCUCUUCUCUUGAAUGAGAAAAAGGUUAAGGUGAUUCUUAUUUAUCCUAGAUUAAAAUUUAAUGAUUUUUAUGACAAUAAACAACAUUAGGUUUAAGCAUCUCAGUGGAAGUAGACAAUCUGGUGUACUUGUAAGUGCAAGAAAGAUAAUUCAAGAUUAUAAAUUAUCCAAAUUGCAAUUGAGUUGUGACAUAGGAAACAGAAUAAUGCUGUAACUAUUCCAAACUGGGUGUGUUUGCCGUCUUUCUCGAAAAUUACAUCUACUGUAUCAUCUCAUCUGAAUGGUUCCAAGCCUGGCCUUAUCAUCGUGAAUUGCCAAGGCAACAUCUUUAGAUUUUUUUUUUUCA